AUGGAUGGAGCAGGCCCUAUUGCUGCAGAGCAGCUCAGAAGAAGCUCAGAAGUCCUGGACAGCCUCCCAAUUGGUCUGCUGUCAACGAAUUUUGACUACAAGAAGAUUGUUGACAUGCACGCCCUGGCGCCCGAUCAGGCAGCACGACUGGGAAAGAUGGUCAUUCAGAAGCUCGACACAAAGAUACAAGAUGUUGUCAAUGGCCUGCUGACAUUGCUAGCCAGAGUGGUCGCUGGGUCACAGUACAGAGCAGAGACGAGGGCGCGGCUUGCGCAGAGAUUCGCGCCUGUGCUCGUGCAACAACACACCGUGGACUUUGAUGCGGUGAGGCUGGCAGACAUCAUGCUGGGCGCAUACCUGGCAGACAUGAGCAAGCAGCAGUCCAGGUGGAUGCCUCAUGCCGCCAGCCUGGAUGCCAGCUCUGCAUGGGACGCGCCAGCGCUGACUCACUCGCUUAGUCAGCACCAGGCAGGACCGCAGCUGCCCGCCAGGCACAGCUCGGGCAGUCUCGCUGACCGGUCCAGCAUGGGAGGCCGCUGCGUGACACAGCCGCUGCAGCCGACACGGCAGAGGCAGUCAGCGGUGGGCACGGCGGCAGAAGGGCACGGCAAGCGUAGCGCAGGAGGCAGCAGGAUCAGACAGCCGGACAGGGAAAACUGCAGCAGCCUGUCCAAUGCUCACAACAUGCCUUCCAUGGCAAGUCCAUUGGUGUCGCAGCCGCUACAGAUGUCCAAGUUGGCGCUGCAGGCAUUGGGAAGGGCACCGGCUGUUGUGCCAACUCAUCGCCAGCCUGGCAGGCCCCAUGUCCGGGUGCCCUCUGCCCUGCAUCAGCCAGGCAGCGCUGAUCCAACAGUCCACUACAGUGAGCUCGGAGGAGAACAGGAAGUGUUGAGCGCCCCGCUGCAGGAGCUUCAGCACAGGUGGCCGGGGCAUCAGCCGCCGACCAAGAUACUCGCCAAGGAGCACCGUCAGCCCAAGAAGCGAUCUUUGUUGCAUGUGUCAGAGAAGGAGGCCUCAUGCGCACCCAAACCCUGGAUACCCCCAGGCCGCAAUGCUCACAAGAACGGCGACGGGCCGCGGCCGCGCAUUGAGUGGUCGCCUGGCAUCAGCCGCAGGGCGUUCCCUGCAGGCGCCUCCCAGCUCCAACUCCAGGGCGCUGGGUGGCUGGAGCACAGCAGCCUGGGACGUCAGGAGUCCCUAAUGAAGUUCUACCAGGAGUUUGUCACCGCCCCCUCUCAGCCACUCUCCGAUCUUCCCAGCGGAUCAGCCGGGGCGGGCAGCUCUCAUCAGCAGGUGCAGGCAGCGGAGAGCCAGUGCCUGCCAGAAGAGGACGAGCUGCUCAGUGUGGACCUGCUAACAGGUUGCAGCCAACUUCCCCUAAUGGGCAGCGCGCAAACAGAUCCUGAACGCAGCUGGGACCUUCCCUCAGCACAGCAGUCGGCAUCAGGCGCGGCGUCUGGCCUUUCAGGGAGCUUCAAUGACACGCAGCUCGCCAGUUCCAGGCAGCUGAGCGGCACUGUGCAGGCGGCAGCGGCCACUGGAGUGACCAGCGCAGAAACAGCGCCUGGCAGUGCUUCUUCGGCACUCACUGUGCAAGCAGCUGGCGUCAGGGCAGCCGUGCAGCGCAGCUCUGGCCCCACUCCAUCACAGGAGCGGCCUGCGACAAGUCAGCGGAGUGCGGUGAGUGCCGGUGGCUCGGAGGGUGCGUCAGAGGCCAACAGCAAGGGGAGUGGUUGCCUGGCGGAGCUUCAGCUGCUGGCGGGUGACAUCAUCACAGAGGGGGAUGUGGAAGCUGGCGGAAGCUGCGGGGGCAGCGGGAGGCGUUCCCUCUCGGACCUUUUUGUCGGCGCGGCCGACGGCUUUGGCGCGCAGCUGUUGCUCAGAGACACAGCGCUGCAGGGGGAGGCGCUGCUGCGGGAGCCAGAUUUUGGGGAUCAAGGGGGGGUAUCCCCCCCGCGCGGUGGCCACCGCAUGGACUUCGCCGACAUCGGCUUGCCUCCCCUGGAGGAAGGGGACGCCCCAGAAGGCAGCGGCUGCCUCGUCUACGACCUCAACCGGCCGGCCGCCACGCCGAUGCUGCAGCUGCCGAGCAGCUUCCAAGAUUCGGCGCGCGACGGCGACCACGCUGGGCCGGCCGAGAGCGGUUUGCCGGGGGCUGCCGCAGCAUGGCCGCCACUUGAAGCCGGGUCCUUCUGCGAUCAGCCGCCGAACGGUGGCGGCCUGCCGACUACAGACUCUCAGGGGCAGCAGAGGCUGUUCAGGGAGGGGCAUCUGCAGGGCGGGCCGGCAGGGGCCGGGAGCGAUGGCAAACCCUCGGCAGGGGUCGCGCAAGGGGAGGGCGGUAUCGAGAGCGGGCUGAAACUGGCGGCGCUCAAAACGGAGCGGGAGCCGGCGGCUGACGGCGGCGAUGUCGGCCACCUGAAGAUCCGCGCGUUCCGGCCGCCGCAGUCGCCGAGCGGCGAGCCACCGCAGCUGCAGCAGCCGCCCAGCCAGGCGCCUGUUGCGCGGUUAGCGGCGCCUGAGGCAAUACCUCACGGAAGCCGAUCGCCGUCAAAGCACAGCGGCCAGGCGAGCAGGGGCACUUCAGCGGGCCACAAAAGCGCCAAAUCCCCGGGGAAGGUCAGCGUCAAGGGCAUGCGCUGGUUCGCCUCGAAGCUGCGCAACUUCUGCACCACGCCGCCCACUGGCAAUAAGACUCGCGGCGGAUCUUUCACGACCCCUGGACCUCCAACCUCUCCAUGGACGGGGCUGCAGUCCAGGACGCUCUCAAGGCUGGGCGAUCGGCCCGGGGCAUACGGCGACGGCUCGCCCAGCAGAGCCUUGCAGCAGGCAGCGACGCCAAUGGCCUCCCCUUCGCCAGUGAGAGGCUCCGCGGCAUCGGCAUCCUCUGCGCAUGCUCUGUCAGGGGUUGGGAGAUGUCCAGGAGGAGGGGCCGCCAUGCCCGAGAUGGACAGCGCUUCUGCGGACGAGCUGCAGCACGCAGUCUCCCUCACUGCGUCCUUCAGCGCUGAACGGCAGAGCAGCGCAGCCGGCCGCGGCGCCGGGACAUUUGCUGGCCGCUGCGGCGGCGCGGCGGAGCCGGCCGGUCGUGGAGGUUCCCUGGAUGAGCUUCUCAGCGCUAUCGCUGACAUACAGAUCCCGGGGCUGCCUGCGGGCUCUGCGGGAAGUGGCUACCCUGAGAGUGUCGUCCCAGGGCGCCCGGGAAUUAGAGUCAGAGCCUCCAGCGAUGAUGCGUCAAGCCUGAGGGGCUCAGUGUCUUCGGAGGGGGGGAUCCUUUGGCAGAGGUCGCUGCAGGAUGCAGACACUGCCGUGGUGGAAGCAGCCGGGGGCGCCGUCGGGGGAUCCAAUAUCUCCCCCAGCAACAGCCAGGACGGGUCUCCCGAGGCGAUGGGCGGCAGCGGCGCGCAGCCGGAUCUCCCGGGCUCGGCCGGCAGCAGCAUGGAGGGUCCCCUACGGGCCAAGGCGGGGCACCCUGGGCCGGCAGAGACCUCAUUCCGUACUGCCGAAAGCUCGCUCCGUAACGGAGCAGCCGGCCCGAGCCCCGAAACGCCAGCCGCGCAGCUGCGGGACGCUCUGCUCGGAGCUCUGCGGGCCGGCAAGGGAAGCACGCCUGCCAGUGCUUCUAGGGCAUCAGUGGCAGGCGAGGAGGAGCAGGAGCUGCAGGUGCCAGCUGACGUGGCCCUGGAGGACCUGAUCCGGCUGGCAGAGCUGAUGCAGCCGGCACCGUCCCCUGCCACCGGCGAGGAAAGCGGCAACGGGCAGCCGGCUGCCAGAGACGACCAGAGAGUGUUGCGCCUCGCUCAGUACCUGCUCUCUGCGGCGCCGUCCAAGGCGGAGGCUGAAGUCAUACUGCAGAACGCUGCAGCCAGCCCGCGUGGCGGUGACGGCUCAAGCGACAGCUUUGGCGGGUUCCCGGCCGCAGGGCCCAUUGGCGAGUCACCGGUGCUGGCACCGAGCAGCCAGGCAAAGAAGAAAGCGGCUGCCCCGCCGCCGCCGCCGCCUCCGCCAAAAAAGAAGGCUGCUGCACCAACGCUCCCGCCUCCUCCACCAAAGGCAAAGGCUCCGGCCGCGCCGCCACCGCCGCCACCGCCGCCCCCGGGCAAGAAGACCCCGGGAGCGAAGGCACCCCCGCCGCCGCCACCGCCGCCACCAGCAAAAACUCCGGGGGCCAAGGGCCCCCCACCACCGCCACCGCCACCGCCCAAAUCCGGCGCCAAGGCCAAGGGUGCCCCCACUCCGCCUCCCCCUCCACCCAAGGGCAAGACUCCAGGCAAGGGCCCUGCGCCGCCGACUCCGCCGCCCAAGUCUGCACAGAAGGGCAUGCCCAAGGCCUCCCCACCCGGCGUCACCAAGGUGAAGACGAGCGCGCAGCAGCGGCGGCGGCUGAAGCAGCUGCACUGGGACAAGAUCCGAGCGCCGCAGCAGGGCACUGUGUGGGCGCGAGACAACCAGCCGCGAAUAAUGGAGAACAAGACGCUGCGCAAGCUGGUGAGGACUCGCAGCGAGGAGAUUCUGCUGGUGGAGCACCGCCGCGCGCACAACAUCUGCAUCGAGCUUGCCGGCAUCCGCCUGCCCUUCCCAGCCAUCAAGGACGCGCUGUGGCGCAUGGAUGACAGCAAGCUGAGCAUAGAGCAGCUGUCGGCUCUCAGCCGAGCCGUGCCCGAGGACUCCGAGCGCAAAGACCUGGCCCUCUUCCUGCAGGGGGAGCACCCGAAGCACAAGGGUGUAAAGGAUCCGGCUCUGUUGGGGACGGUGGAGCGUUACUUUGCGGAGAUGAUGGGCAUCCCCCGCCUGCAGCAGCGAAUUCACUGCUUCAUGUUCAGCCGCACCUUCCCAUCCACCCUCCAGCAGGUGCGCGACAACCUGGGCGUGCUGCGGGGAGCAUGCGAGCAGCUGAUGGGCUGUGGGGAUUUCAUGGUCCUGCUGCAGGCCGUGCUCUCCCUGGGCAAUCACCUCAACGAGGGCACUAUGCGCGGCGCAGCCUCAGGCUUCAAGCUGGACACGCUGCUGAAGCUGGCGGAUGUGAAGGGCGUGGACCGCAAGACCAGCCUGCUCCACUUUGUGCUCGACCAGCUGCUCAAGGACAGCGCCAGCAUGGGCUCACUCUCAACCCAGCUCGGCUCUGUCCGCCCUGCAGCCAACCUGCAGGUGUCGGCGGUGAAGGCGCUCCUAGGGGAGGCGAAGCAGGGGCUAAGGAGGGUGGAGACAGAGAUCAUGGUGGCCACCGGGGUGGAGGCAACGCCGUCGGCGCCGGCCGCCGUCGGAGGGGACCCCGCCGCAGACGCGGCCAUGAACCAGAACUUCAGCCAGCUCAUGUCCGCCUUCCACGAGUCAGCCGCCACCGCCCUGCACGAUGCCGAGGGGUACGACGGUGAGACGGUGGCGGCGAUGAAGCGGGCGACGGAGUACUUUGGAGAGGACUGGGACGCGAAUGAUCCCUCGCGAGUGAUGCGCAUCGUGCGCGACUUCAUGAACCUCUUCGACAAAUCCAUGGCCGAGAUCGAGGCACGCCCCCCUAAAUCUCAGAUAUUUCUUCCCAGUACACCUGCGAAGAAGCGCAAGGUGGAGGAUGAGCGGCGCAAGGAGCAGAAGAAGGCUGACCUGGCGGCCACGCGACGGGGGGCGUCAGCGUCCGCGUCUGCAUCAGCACCAGCCGCCAGCUGCACCGCAACGGUCUCCGGGGACGUCCCCUCCCCCUCCGCGCCAGGUAACAGCCGCGACGGGUCGCCGCCCAGGCGCAGCUGCCUGGGCCGCGGCAGCCAGCAGCAGGCGUCCACCUCAGACGCCAGCUCGCCCGCUGAGUCAGUCGGCUCUGUUUGCAUGGCCAGGCCUUCUGGCAACACCAGGACCGCCUAUGAGCAGGAGGGGUCUCCCUGGCCGGCAAACGGCUUUGGGCGGGUAGCAAAAACACCCCAGCCCGAAGAGGGAACUCCCACCUCCUCCCAGCGCACGCUGCCAGAAGAGGAGCACUGUGACGUCAGCAGCUCCGAGGUGAAGCCGAGGAGGGACACCCUCUCCGCCGCUCAACCAUCCUCACAGCAAGACGGUCCUCAGCUCGUCGCCUCCAGCCAGGCAGAAGUCGCCACAGUAGCAGCAGAGGCUGUGGUGGAUCAAUGUGCAGAUCACAGUGAGGCAGCAGCUCCCAGAGUUGCAGAGGGCACAGAGACUGGAGCCACAGCGGAGAUGUGGGAAGGCUCCGUAGCAGAUGCGGAUGCGCAGCAGGAUGAGCUUGUUAACAGCCAGGCCCCGAAGACAGACCGGGAGAUGUGCCAGAAUUCGGCGCCUGAACAGGAGCAACAUCUGCCGCUACUUUCUACGACUGUGCCGCCAGCCACGCAAGUGCCACUAGUGGACCGCAUAGAGCCGGACUCUCCCGGCGCCAGCACGUCACCGCAGCCGUCACCAAUGGCGGCCGGCGCGGCACGGCUGAUGAGUGCGGCCGGGGCCGGCUGCGUUACGCCCGAGGCGGCCACGCCGGACGUGGCGGCCGGCGGCUUCUUCGAGACGCCAGGAUUCUUUGAUCCCAUGUUCACCCCCGCUGCCGACCUCGGCCGGCCGACAUCGGCGCAACCGGCGCGAUGGGAGGGCGCGCCGACGGAGAUUAGCCUGCGAGCCAGCGCGUCCUGGGGGGACCUCACCACGCCGGAGCACGCCACCACUGGCUUCGGAGUGGGGACCUCCAGGGGCCCACAGCUGUGGAGGGCGGGCUCCGAGGACGCUUACUCAUCCGCUGGCAGCCGCCCCGGCAGCGCAGCAGCAGAGACUCAUCAAGGCAGUUCUUCUAGGCCAUCCAGCAGUGGGUACUCUGAGAGCAGCAGUGGCCAAGAGUCGCCUUAUGACCUCAGGCCGCAGCUUGCGCGGGGCAGCAACAGCGAGUCAGACUAG